AUGGCUGAUGCUCAAGAUAAUCAUGGAAAUGAAAUUCCAAAUGAAUUUUUUUCAACAUUUCAUCAUAUCAGUGAACGACAAGAAAUAUACAGUAUGAAUAUUAAAAAAAAAACUAAUUUUGAAAAACUUAAUCUAUAUACUUUUUCAGAUCAAUUAGCUGAUGAAAAUCGAGUUAAAGAACUAUAUAAAAUUUAUUAUUCAGAUGAAUCAUAUAAUUCAAAAUUCAUAGAAGAAAAAGCAAAUCAGUGUUCAAAAAAAUAUCAGCUAAAAAUUCAAAAUCUUAAAUUAAGACAUGCAUAUUAUAUUAUAGACACUUCGACACCACCAGCACUUACUACCAUUUGA